ACGGUAAUAUAAAUAUGUACCAGGAUAUAAUAAAAUUUACAGUCCACAUUCCUUUAAAAGCUUGUAUCCAUGCCUCUGGUUGGUCAUCAUUAACUAAGUUGUAGUUUACAUACGUAUUAUAAUACUAUCACUAUCAGUAUCAUUACUCGAUUAGAGCUGAAUUGGGGAUAAAACUAUAAAAGCAAAGAAAUGCCUCUCAUUGAAGGACUAGGAGAUGAAGUAACAAUAGUAAUUGGUAUAUUAGUAGUUUUAAUCGUAGGGUUAUUGGCCUGGUUUUCGACCCACACAUCUGAUAUCCCUUUCUUUAGUGUGAUUAUUGUAGAACUUUCUCAAAGAGCUAACAGAAAUAACAGACAGACAGCAAACCCUAGUCAAAAUGUAGGUGAACAUGUUGAAGAAAAUGUUAAUAAUGAAGAACUUAAUGCAAAUGAAAAUAUAGUUCAUGUAGAUAACAGUGAUGGUAGUUCGUUAGGCGAUGUAGUCAAUACUGCUCUUGAUAAUGUGAAUGCGGCUCUAGGACUAGAUACGUCGGUUUUGGAUGAUGAUGAUGAUGAUGAAGAAGAAGGUGAUGAAACAGAAAAUAGUGAGGAGGAUGAAGACAACAUUGAGUCUGAAAUUGUUACAUCAGUUAAUUUAGGGAAUGAGUCAUCUCAACAAUUUAUCAGUUCACCAUCUCAAGAAGCUAAUAGUUCCGAGGCGUCUUCACAUACACAAGAAUCUCAACAAUUGGCAGAAAAUGAAUUACGGAGAAGAAGAGUGGCAUUUUUUGAAAAUGGUCCAUCUGAUAGUGCUACUCUGUCUCAAAAUACUGGAGAAUCCUCUAAAGAAGUAAAGAAUUCUACUUCACCAGAAAUGCCAGUUACAGUUCCCACUGCAUCUAGUGAUGUUGUAAGUGAUGGAAAUAGUGAUACACAACAGCCCCCACCCCUGGACGCAGAAACAGAUAGUAUUCAGAUUCGAGUAAGACUGAAGUAUUUGAAUGAUACACAAAGACUGGUGUUUGCCAGGCCUCUCGAUACUAUUGGUUUUUUUAGAAGAACACAUUUCUCAGAAGAACUAUCACAGCAAAAACUGGUUCGAUUAAUUUUUAAUGGUCAAGAUCUUAGAAACGAAACUUCAACCCUUCAGUCGUGUAAUAUAGUAGAUAACAGUGUGCUUCAUUGCUUGGUGACGCAAAAUGUGCGAUCUGAACCCAGAGACAAUUACGAUACCGAGGAUGAUAUAAAUAUUGGAAACUUUAUGAUACCCAUAUUUGGUUUAUUACUUGGUACUCUGUGGUAUCUUAGAUUUAACUAUAAACAAUAUUUUAAUGCUAUAUCAACCCUUUCCUUAGCAGGAAUAAGCUUUCUUUUUAUGUUUGCAGCUUUUACAUCUUGGAGAUCUAAUAAUGGUGCAAAUCGUGAAAAUAGACACUUAGAUUAAGGACGUCAUAUCGCUUUGAACUGUGAUACAUUUAUUUAAAUUAUUGGAAAUAUUUUGUUGUAAUAUUGGCAUAUUUUAGGUUUUGAGGGCUGACAUGUUAAGUAUCAGAAUAAGAUGGAUAUGGUAUAAGUAUUUAUAUUCUAGUGUUCAUCAUUGUUUUACCAUUCCACAGUUCACACCUACAGCUUUACUUUAUCCUUAUGUAGAUUUCAAAAGCAUACAAUCCAAAAUCUUCAGUCUAUGCAACAAUAAAUUUAUUUUUUUCUGUCAGGGUUCAUACUCCUUAAAAAAACACAAACUUACAGGACAAAUAUGGCUGGUUUCUAUAGCUAUGGGCAGCCAAGUGUAUUUUUUCACCUGAUUGUAGCGAUUGACAUUUGGCAGCAAUUUCUUACAGCCGAUCACGUGUUAGCACACAUAGCGAUCGUCUCAAAAAGUGUACGCCACUCUGCGAGUAAAUUACAUCGAUCACAUGACUUGUGCAAAAUGGCGAAUCUCCUAAAACAUAAGCUUGCUGUGGUAGCUGCUAUUUAUUUGCUAUUAAAACUCUCGAAUCUUGAAGUUUGACCAAAGAAUCACUAAUUCUUCUGCCAACGCAUCGAUUGCUGGUGUAAAACAUUCGGCCGAAAAUAUCUAACAUGCUAGAUACCGGCGAUCGGUUGGGUGAAUGUUUUGCCAAGCAGAUUGUCGUUGCCGUGAAUGGGCACACAGGCAAGUUUUUCAAGCGAUUUUAAAUAUGUGAAAAAAUGCGCUCGUCUGCCCUAGGUAUAAGUGAUACAUCAACUUAUGCUGUGCUUUUUUGUUUUUAAUUUUUUUUAUUGUCUCUGUCAAUGUCACUUUAAAUACAUGUAUCUUGUAUGGAGUAUUAAUUUGGGAUGUAGUCAUGUGUACAAACCUGGGUUGAAUUUUUAAAACCAACCUGAAUAUUCUAAUUAAUAUUAGUGUUGUAUGAUCACUUAUUUGAUAUUCUCUCUGGCGAAGUAACUUGCUUUUUCAGAAUAUUCAAGUCUCAUUGCCAUGUAAUAAGCCGCCACUAUUUUGUUGUCUGUGAACGUAAUUGAUGGGCCUGUUUUAAAUCUGUUUUAAUCUUAAGCCGAAAGAUUAUCUAACAUUGGUAUUUUGAUUUGUUAAUUAAAUGUUAAUUAAUCAAUCUGAGGACUUGUACGCAUUAGUGUGGAUUAAGCAUUGACAAAUUUGCUAUUUUAGCAAAAAAUGCAAAUGAUGCAGUGGGACUUUAACAAAGAUUGUGUGUGCCUUGGUGAUUUCAGUUUGUAUUAUUGUAUUCUGAAAUGAAGUGAAAUGUGGUUUUAAACGUCAUACUUUUCCGGAAUUAUGAAAAAGAACUAAUGUGUAUGUUUAUAUUCUUGCUACUGGCUUUGUUAGAUAUACAUGUAUAUUUUUCUAAUUUCUUUACUGCAGGAUAUAGAACAUACUGUGAUGUUUUUUCUUGUAAAAGAUAAGUUUUGUUUAACAUCCAUGUUUUGUUACAUAUGUUUGAUGCUACUGAAAAUGAUGGAGAAAUACUGUUUUAUAUGAACGAUCACUUAAAAGUUGAUAUAUAUGUAUGUUUUAUUCUUUGAAAAAAAUUCUUAGAUAUUAUUUAAGAAAAACAGAAUGUGGACAAAGUUGAUCUCCGCGAAAAAGUGGAUGUCCUGGUACACAACAUUGCACAAUGAAUUAUAUUGAAUCUGACUCAAUGAUUGCAUAAGUACAUGUAGAUUAGAAUAUACCAGUACCUGUUUUAUAUUUGUCUGCCUAACUCUGUGGGAUUUCUCUGUUUUGAAAUUGAUGAUUUUUUAAUUAUGAUAUUGGUAUUGGAGAGAAAACAAUGAGCGCAAAUUUAUGUAAAUGUACAUAUUGCUAAUAAUGUAAAAGCAUAAAUGUAAACUAACUUAUAAAAUUGGAAGAAUUUAUAAAAAUGUAUAUAAAAUCUG